AUGGCCGAAAAGAGAAAGGAUACAUCGAAUGGCGGCAGUGGAGCCCUCAUCAAGCGUGCCAAGCAAGAUGAAGAAGACACCAGCAAAUCACUCAUCAACCUAUCCAACCAAAGAGCUGGCACCAAGAAUGCCAUCGUAGGAACUAUUAAACGUACUUCUGGACUCGAAGCGCCUGUGAUGCAACUGAUAGGUCAUGAUGGCGAGAUUUACUCUUGUAAGUUUGAUCAGUCAGGCGAAUAUAUUGCUAGUGCUGGAUUCGAUAGACAAAUUUUAUUAUGGAAUACGUAUGGAGAAGUCAAAAACUACGGUGUAUUGAAGGGCCAUACAAAUGCAGUGAUGGAAAUUCAUUGGUCUCGAGACUCAAACCAGAUAUUCAGUUGUUCAGCCGAUAAAACUGUUGGCAUCUUUGAUGUCAAGGCAGGCACGCGCACACGCAGAUGGAGAGGACACACCGGCAUCGUCAACAGCUGUCAAGUCGCACGCAGAGGAGCUGAAUUGGUUGUAUCUGGCAGUGAUGAUUGUACAGUAAAGAUUUGGGAUAGUAGAACAAAAGAGGCCGUCAGCACAUUUGAAAGCGACUACCAAGUAACCAGUGUGUGCUUUAGUGAUGCUGGCGACAUGGUUUAUUCAGCAGGGCUCGAUAACGAUAUCAAAGUGUGGGAUGUGCGCAAAAAUCAGUUGGCAUACACUAUGAAGGGACACAUGGAUACGGUUUCGGGCAUGUCUCUGAGUCCUGAUGGCAACAAUUUAUUAACAAACUCCAUGGAUAACACAGUUCGUAUUUGGGACAUCAAGCCAUUUGCUGCCGCUGAUCGCUGUCUCAAGAUUUUCGAAGGAGCACCUCAUGGUUUUGAAAAGAAUUUGAUCAAGCCAUGUUGGGCAACAGAUGGCAGUCAAAUUGCAUGUGGUUCCGCCGAUAGAUCAGUCGUUAUUUGGGAUGUAGAUACUCGCAAGAUUCUUUAUAAGCUUCCUGGUCAUAAGGGAUGUGUCAAUGAUGUCGACUGGCAUCCAAAGGAGCCCAUCGUCAUGAGUGCAAGUACGGAUAAGACACUCUUCUUGGGUGAGGUUAAACCCACAAAAUUGUAA